AUGGCGGACUCGAAGCAAGAGCUUCAGUUUACCGACUCACCCGGCCAGACCACACCAGCGUCCGAACCAGACUGGACAGAUUAUGAGGAGGCGCGAGCCAGAAGAAAAAUCGAUACGUCGGUAUUGCCGCUAUUGUACUUGGGAUUGCUCGUGUUCCAGCUAGACCGGAUGAACCUCGCCAGCGCCCUGACGGGUGGUUUCGCCAAAGACAUUGGAGUCAACCAGGAUACCAUCAACCUAGGGAACCAGCUCAUGUUCCUCGGAAUCGUCAUCCUCGAGAUCCCCUCCAACAUGCUGCUCCAGAAGGUCGGUCCUCGCAAGUACAUAUCAGCUCAGGUCAUGCUCUUCGGCCUGGUAGCAACUCUCCAAGUGUUCCUGAAAGAUCGAAAGGGCUUCCUGGCAUCGCGCAUGGCCCUCGGCCUCGCCGAAGCGGGCUACAUACCCGGCGCCUGCUACACCCUUUCGACGUGGUAUAGGAAGCAGGAACUCGCGAAGCGCGUGGCCGUCUUCUUCUUCGGCAUGUUCAGCGGUAAUGCGCUCAGCCCGGUGUUAGCAUCCGGUAUUCUCAAGUUGGAGGGCUCGCGGGGGUUGAGGGGCUGGCAGUGGCUGUUCUUGAUCGAAGGCGUCUUCACAAUCUUCGUCGGCCUCUCCCUCCUCUUCCUCCUCCCCGGGUCCCCAGACACCCCCGACCCGCUCCUGAGCCCGGGUCUCAUCCGGUUCAAGGGCACCGAGCGGGCGAUCCUCCAACGCCGGCUCGAGCUCGACGACAGCGAAAAGCGGCACGGGGCCCAGGGCAUGCGCAUCCCGCCGAAGCUGGUCCUCAAGACCCUGCUGCACUGGCAGCGCUGGCCGCACUUCCUCAGCAGCUUCGCCGUCUUCUCCACGUGGAGUCCCCUGACGACGUACACGCCGACCAUCAUCAUGAACCUCGGCUUCAACCGCAUCCAAGCCAACGCCCUCGCCGCAGUCGGCGCCUCCCUCGCCCUCCUCGUCGUCUUCGUCGUCGCCUGGAUCAGCGACAAGACCAACAAGCGCGGCUACUCCGUCAUCGGCGCGCACCUCUGCUACCUCGUCGUCCUCGUCGUGGCCCGCACCGCGCACCCCCACGUCGGCAAGUGGUCCCGCUGGGGCCUGUGGACGGCCGUGAACAGCUUCGCCGUGGGGUACCACCCCGUGCACAACUCGUGGGUGCAGCUCAACUGCCGCGAGCCGGGGGAGCGGAGCAUCAGUAUCGCGAUGUGGGUUAUGUUGUCCAUCAGCGGACUGAUGGUCGGGACGCAGUAUUAUCGAGCAAACGAUACACCCUUCUAUCAAACAGGUUUGCGAACGCAGAUCAUCAUGGUAUCGGUCGGCAUGGCGUUCGCGAUGUUGCAGGUCGUCAUAUACACCGUGCAUAACAAGCGUGUGGCCCAGGGGAAGUACAAGCCUAAGGAUGGCGAGAUUCCUCGCAUAUACGUUCCAUAA